AUGCCAGAUCAUCAUGAAGUCACCGACAGUUCAGAUUGGCUCCCGACCCCUCUCGCGCCACUUGCGCAACUCGAGUCGUCUUUGCGCUGUCAAGUAUGCAAGGACUUUUUUACUACGCCGAUGAUCACCAGCUGCUCCCAUACCUUCUGCAGUCUGUGUAUCCGGAGACAUCUGUCACAGGAAGGAAAAUGUCCUGCGUGUCGAGAGCUGGACCAGGAGAUCAAACUCCGGAGGAAUUGGGUGGUUGAGGAAUUGGUGACCAACUUCGCAAAGGAGAGAUCGGGACUACUUCAACUCGCGCAUCAGGUGGGACAGGCGAGGCAAGAGGCCGCAAAUGUGGUUGAUUCAGAAAGACCAUCCAAGAGACGGAGAAUAGCAGACACCAAGAUGGUGGUCAAUGGAAACGGGAAUGGAGUCGAAAGACGAAGUACUCGAAGUCAGAGCAAAGCAGCCAUUUCGGCGAGUCAACAGAGUGCUCGCUCGACGGACGAGGUUAUGGACAGUGAAGAUGAAGGAAGUCUAUACGAAGAGCCACAAACACAAAACCUACGAUCUACUAUGCCCUCAACCUCAUCAUCUCUCCCCUCCUCGCGACAACCAAACGAUGGCAAAGUCGCAUGCCCAUGUUGCGGCAGACGCAUGAAGGAGACCCAGAUCAACUCCCACCUAGACAAAUGCAUAGCCGGCGAGAGUCACAGCCCCAUUGAUGAAACAACAUCCCCUCCACCACCACCAACAUCAGCCAAUCACCCUAUCACCAAACCAGCAGCUUCAACCGCCUUCUCCUCCUCCAAACCCGUCAUCCACCAAGCCCGACUCCCCUUCAUCAACUACACAUUACUCACCGACAACGCAUUACGCAAAAAACUCAAGGACCUUGGAAUACCCGCGCACGGUUCAAAAGACCUAAUGCGCAGAAGACACACCGAAUGGGUGAAUUUAUGGAACGCCAAUUGCGACAGUAGCAAUCCCCUAUCAAAAAGGCAAUUACUACAGGAUCUUCGCGUGUGGGAAGAUACUCUUGGACGACAGAUUGAAAGAGCUCCGCCCAGCGGGUUUAUGAGUAAAGAUUUUGAUCGAGACCGACAUGUCAAGACUCAAAAGGAUAAUUUUGACGAGUUGAUUCGGCAGGCGAGGGCGAAGAUGACCAAAAGCGCCCAAACAACGACAACAGCAGCAGCAUCAAACUCUGCAGGGGACGGCGAUGAUGAUGAUGUAGGUGAUGAGAAAAGGGAUAUGAAUGACCAGGAUCAGGAUCAGGAGAAACUUCAAACCGCACAGGUUCAGAACAAUGCUGAAUUCGAGGACUCACGUCCUUCUAAACCGGCACCGGAAUCCAGCGACCCCUUGCAAUCUUCUUCCGCCUUUCAUGCAGAACCAACACAGCUACCCCCAUCCAACCCAGCCACGUUACCACAGUCAUCACACAUAUCCAUCCCACCUCAUCAACCACAUCAACCUCACCAACCCCUUCCCACACACCAGUCAAUCGACCUGACCACCUCACCUAGUAAACCCACCGUCUCAAACCAAGUACCGCCAUCAUCAUCAUCAUCAACCUUUCCUCCUCAACCCCCCACUCACAACAACUACACCCACCAACAUGACCUGACAUGACGGAUAUCACGAGAUCAAUCAAUUAAAUAUAACCUAGGUUUCGCAUAGUGCUUAAUGGCAGUACA